GCGGGCAGCCCUCUACUCCGGACGAUGCCGCCGAGGAGGCGGCGGCGGCGGCGGCGCGCUCUGGAGGUCUGAAGCCACUGCUAGCUGCCACGGGCCGGCGGCGCGAUGAGCUGGGCAGCCGCCCCCGGCUCGGGGCUGUGAGCGGCUCGGGGCCGGGGGUGGGCGGCGGUGCGGCGGGCGGCCGACGCUCCUCUUCGGCGGCGGCGGCGGCCAUGCGCGGGGCGGCGCGGCUGGGGCGGCCGGGCCGGAGUAGCCUCCCGGGGGCCCGCGGCCUGAGGGCCCCGCCGCCGCCGCCGCUGCUGCUUCUGCUGGCGCUGUUGCCUCUACUGCCCGCGCCUGGCGCCGCCGCCGCCCCCGCCCCCGCCCCACGGCCCCCGGAGCUGCAGUCCGCUGCCGCGGGGCCCAGCGUGAGUCUCUACCUGAGCGAGGACGAGGUGCGCCGGCUGAUCGGUCUUGAUGCAGAACUUUAUUAUGUGAGAAAUGACCUUAUUAGUCACUACGCUCUAUCCUUUAAUCUGUUAGUACCCAGUGAGACAAAUUUCCUGCACUUCACCUGGCAUGCGAAGUCCAAGGUUGAAUAUAAGCUGGGAUUCCAAGUGGACAAUGUUUUGGCAAUGGACAUGCCCCAGGUCAACAUUUCUGUUCAGGGGGAAGUUCCACGCACUUUAUCAGUGUUUCGGGUAGAGCUUUCCUGUACUGGCAAAGUAGAUUCUGAAGUUACGAUACUAAUGCAGCUCAACUUGACAGUAAAUUCUUCAAAAAAUUUUACCGUCUUAAAUUUUAAACGAAGGAAAAUGUGCUACAAAAAACUUGAAGAAGUAAAAACUUCAGCCUUGGACAAAAACACUAGCAGAACUAUUUAUGAUCCUGUACAUGCAGCUCCAACCACUUCUACGCGUGUGUUUUAUAUUAGUGUAGGGGUUUGUUGUGCAGUAAUAUUUCUCGUAGCAAUAAUAUUAGCUGUUUUGCACCUUCAUAGUAUGAAAAGGAUUGAACUGGAUGACAGCAUUAGUGCCAGCAGUAGUUCCCAAGGGCUGUCUCAGCCAUCCACCCAGACGACUCAGUAUCUGAGAGCUGACACACCCAACAAUGCAACUCCUAUCACCAGCUCCUUAGGUUAUCCUACCUUGCGGAUAGAGAAGAACGACUUGAGAAGUGUCACUCUUCUGGAAGCCAAAGCCAAGGUGAAGGAUAUAGCAAUAUCCAGGGAGAGGAUAACUCUAAAAGAUGUACUCCAAGAAGGUACUUUUGGGCGUAUUUUCCAUGGGAUUUUAAUAGAUGAAAAAGAUCCAAAUAAAGAAAAACAAGCAUUUGUCAAAACAGUUAAAGAUCAAGCUUCUGAAAUUCAGGUGACAAUGAUGCUCACUGAAAGUUGUAAGCUGCGAGGUCUUCAUCACAGAAAUCUUCUUCCUAUUACUCAUGUGUGUAUAGAAGAAGGAGAAAAGCCCAUGGUGAUAUUGCCUUACAUGAAUUGGGGGAAUCUUAAAUUGUUUUUACGGCAGUGCAAGUUAGUAGAGGCCAAUAAUCCACAGGCAAUUUCUCAACAAGACCUGGUACACAUGGCUAUUCAGAUUGCCUGUGGAAUGAGCUACCUGGCCAGAAGGGAAGUCAUCCACAAAGACCUGGCUGCUAGGAACUGUGUCAUUGAUGACACACUUCAAGUUAAGAUCACAGACAAUGCCCUCUCCAGAGACUUGUUCCCCAUGGACUAUCACUGUCUGGGGGACAAUGAAAACAGGCCAGUUCGUUGGAUGGCUCUUGAAAGUCUGGUUAACAACGAGUUCUCUAGCGCUAGUGAUGUGUGGGCCUUUGGAGUGACGCUGUGGGAACUCAUGACUCUGGGCCAGACGCCCUACGUAGACAUUGACCCCUUCGAGAUGGCCGCAUACCUGAAAGAUGGUUACCGGAUAGCCCAGCCAAUCAACUGUCCUGAUGAAUUAUUUGCUGUGAUGGCCUGUUGCUGGGCCUUAGAUCCGGAGGAGAGGCCCAAGUUUCAGCAGCUGGUACAGUGCCUAACAGAGUUUCACGCAGCCCUGGGGGCCUACGUCUGACUCUUCUCUCCCAAUCCCACAGCAUCAGGAGGAAGGUGCCUGUCGCAGCUCACUUGAAGCCUGUCAUGGAUGCUUCAUAUCUAACACAACGCCAACAGAAGCACAUUCGUCUUCCAGAACACCGUGCCUUAGGAAUGCUUUAGAAUCUGAACUUUUUAAGACAGACUUAAUAAUGUGGCAUAUUUUCUAGAUAAUCACUUUUAUUAGGUUGAAUUGAAAGGGUUUUUGUAAUUUUUUGGCCAAAAUUUUUUAAAACAUAGUUACUUUGGACUAGGGGUACAUUCUUACAAAAUAAAUAAACAGUUUUUAAAAUUGUUUAGACACAGAUAUUUGGAAUUAGCUAUCUUAGUGCCAACUGCUUUUUAUUUUUUUACUUCAUCAAGGUGAUGUAAGUGAUUCACCUUUAAAGUUUUUUUAACGUUAUUUUUUGUCACUACUCUGGGAAAUGGUUUGUCUUCAAAAUGCAAUGCUUUUCUUAGGAAAGGAAAAACAGCAUUAAAAGAUACCUGGUUUGCCUUGUACAAGAAAAGGCAGUAUUAGAGGAAGAAAAUUUAAAGAAAAGCUAGAGGAAAAAAGCGAUGUUUUUAAUACUUACUAGAAGCAAACUGCCCUUGCAUGGAAAACUGUUUAUUUUUUUCGGUGAAAAGGAAUUCUGCUUUCGUAUUUUUUGGGAAAGCAGGAACUGAGUUCAUUACAUCUUUAAUUUGGCAGAAAUUAGCCUUUCUGUGAACCAGAAGUGGUUUGGGGCAGAUCUGUAGUAAACAAUGGUGAUUUUAUUUAUUUUUACUCUCUGGAAAAGGAGAUAAUACAAUUCCAGAAAGUGAACUCAUAUUUCGAAGGUUAAAAUUCCCUUUUAUUGCACCUAGAAUAGUGCUAUGCACGGAGUGGGUGCUAGAGUUGUUGUCAUUCUUUUUUUUUUUUUUUUUUUAAAUGUAAACUGGUAAAUUUUGUGCUUAUCUUCAAGGCUGGCUUAAGUAUAAAAUUGUUUUUUUAAACACUUGAAAAAUUAAAGGAUUUGUUUUAUAUUAUGACAGUAUUGAAAUUAUUUUUCAUAAUGAAUGAUUGGUUAUUGCGUCUGGUCAGUCUUUGAACAUUCAACAGCUGGACAUGUGUGUUUUAUUUCAUGAUGUUUCAGUCAAGUUCCAAAGCCCUAACACAGUUACAGCUGGCUCAGUCUCCAGGUUCUAGUAAAAAUUUGGAAUUAAUGUUAUAAGGACAUAUUAAAACACUGAAACAUUUCUCCAGAACCAGCAAGUAAGGAGUAUGUAUGUAUUUAUGCUCAGUUUUAGUUGGCCUAAAGCAGGGUUGAAUGGGCCUCCUAAAUAGCUAGGCCUGCAGGUACUGCCACUACUCCCAUCUUCACAGAUAUAUGAGGGAGAAUGUGCAGCAGUUGGAGGCUUUCACUGUUUUUAAAGAAGCUUUAGGAAUCAGCAACACACCUGGAAAGAUAGCUCACACAGUGCCUGGUUUUCCACAGGUAAGCUAAGGGCAUGAUUUUCUGUGUACAUUUGUUAAGAGUUCUUUGGUUUUAUGAAAUACUCAUAUGAAGCCAGUCCCUGGAGGACUGUUUUUUAAAAAGUCCCUUUGAACCAUUUGUAAAUUAUAUUUUCAUUCAUAACUUGCAUUCUUAGAAGGCGUUCAGUCAACAUUUAUAGCACUUACUGUGUAUUUUCCACGUGGAGUGGUUCAGCUCAAGCGUCCCUUCCAGUAUUCAGGGCAGUCUUAUUUUGUGUUCAAGUGAGUGCAUUGUUUAAAAAUCACAGUUUAUUAACAUGUACAUGGUCUGUUUUUUUAAAAAAAGUACUGACACUUGACUUCUAUCCUCAAUUAACAGAUAGUAAGAAAUGUCCUCAGUUUGGUGGAUGGUGUGGUGCUUGUAACCUUAUCUUUUUGUGUUUGUGAGCACUUCUAUUUUAUGUGUGUAUUUUUAUUGUACAUUUUUCUUGAGCUACUUGGAGUCUUUGACAUGAGAAGGGAAGAGCAGUUAUAAGAUUUCCCUGACUCAUCUUCUUCCAGUAGUUUUGUUGUAGAUUGUGAAUGUUACUGAAGUUUUACAUGUUACUGAUUUUGCAGAAAACAUAAUUUUUAUGGAAAAGAA